GCCUAUUAAUAUACUAGUAAUUGAAGAGGGUGACAACCAUUAUUGGCAUGAGUAUAUUUAAAUAUGUUAGUAGGGUUCUUGUGUACUGAGUAAGGAUUAAACAAACAAUUCGCACAUACUACGGCUAUUUCAAUGUGCCAAUGUACCAAUUCAUAACGCACGCGCGCAAUCACGCGCACGCACGCACUCACACAAAUCUCGAAGCCGUGGAAGAAAAUACGGAUAAGUAAACAUAAAAGCUGUUUAUAAACACAUCGACAUUACUGACGCGCCGAAACGCAACUAAUGGGCGUGAGCGGUAUAAAGGGGACCGGGUAUGUUCCUUACCUGGGUUGACUAAAGGAUAUGUUAUUGACACCACUGUCGUCACUGACUCGACGAUGUCGUGGGCACUGUUGUUGACGUUUGCUCUAACAGGUCUUAUUUUCGGGGAUAACUGCGUCGAAGAUUCAGUCUGUUUGGACAGUCUGUAUUUGGCUGUUAUCAAUCUACAGUCAGGAGACUUCAGUGGCUAUUGUCGCAACUCAGAGUCGUAUGUAGCGUGUUCGGAAACAUCCCUUGUUGGUUGUAACAGAAAAACCUCGAACUUAGUCAAGCACACCCGAAACACACAAGCCGUUUACUGCGCAAGUGGAAGCAACCCUGGCUACCUGGAGUGCCAGACACGCCGCAGUGUGUGCGAGGCAAUAUACGACCAGUUCCAGUCCCUGUCACUGUGCAGUGAUCUGGAUCGAUAUGUUGUGUGUGUUCUACGUGACCUGUCAUCAUGUCACCAAUCAACCUUCAACACCACGUCUAUGACUCAAGCAUUGAAGGAGAGUGCUACUUUGUCCUGUGGUGCUGGGAACGCAUCGUGCGCUGUGCAGUACAUCAUGUGCCAGACUACGUCACUCCUGGUCACCCAGAGUCUGGAGGUCAACAAUUUGGAUGGCUUCUGCAGCCAUGUUGAUACCUUCCUGGCGUGUAGGAGGAGUCUGCAUGAUGGCUGUGACAACAUCUAUACCACACCAACAGCAUUGUUACUGUCGGAGGAGAUGGUAACGAAGGAUAAAGCUUUGUACUGUAGACCAAAUGGAUCAAGUCCAAGCUAUUUUUCAUGUUUACAAAAACAGAAGUCUUGCGAAUCACGACUUUAUAUAACGGGGGACAUAGACAACACGGUGGUCCUGUAUUACUGCAGGUCACUAGUCGAAUACAGGACGUGUCUGUCACGUGACCUGGCACCCUGUCAGCAGGAUGCCAUCAAUCUACCGGCACUAUUGGCCUCGACCACGACCAACUUCACACGGACUUGUUCUGGCAUCAAUAUUUAUGCUGGAGUCCGGGAAAUGUGCUGUUCACCGAUUAUGCUGCUGUUGACGUUGGCUGUUGUAUUGGUAUACGUCGCUUCCUGACGUAACCAGGCAUUGAAGCGGAAUUCCAUAUAGAACUGCUUAUGUAUAGCAUUGUCAUUACCCCCUGUAUCAGGUGUGCUGCCGACUACAUUGGGUUGAACUUCCUUUGGCAUAGUUCAGACAGCUGCCUUCGAAACACCUAGAGCUCGAUAUGUCAAGUCAGUUUUCCGUUGUACAGAGUCAGGGUUGAAUGUUCCAGUGUGUGAAGCAGACCAUUUUAAGUCAAAAUUUAAAGGGGUAAGGAUAUCUGUUUAAGACCAGCAACACAUACUUUGUAUUUGAUCUGAAAAAGAAAAGAACUUUCUUUUUUCCAGCUCAUAUUAUGCCUGUUCAAAACUUUUGCAGUUUCUAAUAUCAAAGGAAGAUAUGAUAUAUUCACUAUAUGUGUUCGUUCCCAUGUUUACAUUCAGUUAUAUAUAUUCAUAGUGAAGAAAAUUGACAAAUAGGUAAAUACAUUAGUAGUGAUUGUAUCUGUGAGUACUGGGAAUAAAGGGAGCCAUUUGUGGUUGAAAUUCUCCAUAUCAUUGUUUUUCAUUGCAGAAAAUUUAAAUAAAUAUGUCUUUCAAAGA